UCGGUUGUCGUCCUCUCGACGCUCUGUGUGUUGCUGCUCGCCACCUGCGCUGCUCUGGCCGUCCUGUAUAAUCUCCAAACAAACAGGAAGUCAGAGAAGCUCUUCAGCCACCAGACCCUUAGCAACAGACACAGUUCGCUCACCAAAGAAAACCACAAACUGAAAAGAGACAAUGAAAUGUUAAAGGAGAAGAACUCUCGUCUGGACGAACGGAACCAACUCGUCAACAGGACGACGGCCGAGCUCGAGUCCACGAAUCUGCUCUUGAGUUGGAAGAGCAGCGAGUUGACAGAGAGAGUCGUGAACCUCACGUCCACGAACACGCAGCUGACGCAAGAACACGAACAACUGGGUCAAUACUCAUCGGAGCAGGAGGAGCAGAGGCUGAACAUGUCUCAGUCCAUCGAGCUCCUGGUCAGUUCCAACACUCGCCUGCAGGAGGAGACAAGACGACUGGCCGAGACGAGCGACCUCCUGAGCGACGAGAUGAUCCAGGUGAAGGGAGAGAAUCAGGAGCUCCUGGAAAUCAACGACAGGUUUCAAGGAGAAAUUCAGAAUCUGACCGAGGUGAUUGGAGCUUUCUCAAAGGACGACCUGGAGAAGCUUCAGGAGAAAGUAACGCAGCUUCAGGAACAAAACCAGAACCUGAGCGCGGUGCUGGUGAGGCAGCAGCAGGAGGCGGCGGAGCGGGACGGGCGCAGGACCACGGAGGUCCAGCAGAUGGCGGCGGACGUGCUUUCAUGGAACGAGGCCUAUCGCUCUCUAGACCUCAACUGCCCCGUGGUCAACCAGAAGACCAGAGAGCGAAUUUGCAAAAACUGUCCCGACAGCUGGAAACAGUUUGAGUCAAAGUGUUAUUACUUCUCCUCGCGCACGCUGACCUGGAGCGCCAGCAAGUCCUGGUGCCGGACACAAGGGGGCGACCUGCUCGUCAUCAACAGUGAACAAGAACAGAAGUUUAUUUUCCGCAGCAGUCGGACUCCGGAUCCGUCCGGCACCAGACUGUGGAUCGGCCUGAGUGAUGAAGACGAGGAGGGCGACUGGCGCUGGGUGGACGGCAGCAGAGUCUCUCCAGACGAGCAGUACUGGCUGAGCAGACCGGGAGUGGGGGCGGAGCCUGACGACUGGAAGCUUGACGACCCACUGGGAGAAGACUGUGGUCACGUUGACACGUCGGAGAACGCACUCAAGUCCUGGAUGGACGCUUCCUGUAAGAUCGCUUACAGGUGGAUCUGUGAAAAGAACUUUUAGCUCCUCAACCAACAUUGUUAUUUCUCAUUUCAUGUAUUUCUCUG